AUGGUCGUUUCCAAGAAUGCCCGUAUAUCAGUUGAUUCCACCAAAAGCCUACACUCAAGAAAAAGAUCUUCAAUUACAUCUCAAGAUGAAAUUUUCGACGCAAAGUAUAAAGCCGCCAUCAAAGCGUACCAGAACUACAUGGAAGGCUUUCAGCUGAUGUUGGCGGAAAAUGAGCGCAAGAUGAAUAAAAUCCUGGAUGAACGAGCAGUCCCACUCUGGUUCCAAGAACUCUCCGACGAUCAAGUCGAAGCCAUGAAUCGACUGCUGGAAGCCAUCCGAGACGACAUUGACGAGGAUACGGUUCUGCGCUGUCGCGAGCUGAUCCGAAGCCUGGGCGUUUAUCCCCUAUGUCCGACGAGCAUUUUCCGGGAAGCGCUCAUCAUGUCGCACGGAAAUGAUUUAUCCUUUCUCUGGUUCUUGCUGGAGCUCCAUUAUUCCAAGAAUCGAAAGACGGCCUAUUCUAACAAUGAACGUUUGCUGAUGUCCGCCAUUUGCCAUCUGGACAUGAUGACCACGCUGAGGGGUUUGGAGGAUGUGCUUCCGCCACGUGCUCCAAAGAAACGUAAACAAGCAAGUCGAAGUUGCGAAUCGCUUGGGUGGCCCACCGGUUCCCGCCACUAUUGUUCACCUUAUUUGGAACCUCUACGGGUUAAGGAACCGCGGAAGAAUAUUUUUCGAAAGAAGGAUUUUUUGGCGCCAUUCUGCUUGGACCGUUACAAGCGAUACCGUGAUCCGGACUUUGUGAUACCUAAUGAAGCGUCCCGAUGGUUCGCUAAACAUGGUCGAGCCAAUCAAACCAUUCCGAAACAAUGUUCAGAGGAUGAACAGCAAAAGGAACAGGUGCAACGGAAAAUUCCCCUGACAACCAGCGCAUGCGGAAGUGCGGAGUUGAUCGUUCGGGAGCUCCUCAACGAUCAGAUUGCUCUGAUGGUGGGCCACGAGGAGGAACGGCAGCUGCUUUGCCGGAAGCACCAACAGAUGGCCCGCAGGAGGAAGGAACUGAUGGCAUUGAUAACCAAGAGGUCGGCGGUGAGAGAGAAACUCAACGUCGAAGUUGCAAAUGCUCGUGAGGCUCAGAAACAGGCGGACGAAUUGGCGCGUGAAAAUCACAUGAUCCAACUAUUGCUCCGGAAGCUGAUCGAUGAUUCGGUUGUAAGCUGCAUGCUAACACCCCGCGGAAACUGCCCCGAAUGUUGGGCUUCGUUCGAACGGCAACGGAAACUCCUGGACGGAACUCGGUGUUCUUGCGAUCAGGAACCUCUCAGAAGUAUGCUGGCAAUCGGCGAGAAGAAGCCUCUGCUAAAGUAUUUCCGCUGCUGUCGCGGAACGGUACCGUUCGAAUUCGACUUCCGGACGAUAUUGGAAGAUGACGUCCAGCGACCGGUUUGUCCGGUGAAAAAGGCCAUCCGGUUGGCACUGGGAAUGGAGGAAAAUGGGGACGUGGACGAGAGUGCGGCCGUGGACCGGUGCAUGAAGCAGAUGUGGCGCUGCGAGAUGAAGCUUUGGAACGAAAGGUUCCUCAAGGGUCGUGAAGAAGUUGCACAGAAGAAGACGGAAGUGGAUUUGCUGGAUUUUGAGUACAUCGACUCGAAGGAUCCGGAAUUUUUGCAGCAGCUGUUGAAGAGGGCAUUACUGAAGCUCUGCGAGCACCCGAAAUACGUACUGGCAACAUUCCCCGAAGCAUACCGUGUACCGUUUCUGAAUGCUUGGAUUCAGAACCGAUACGGAGCGGUUCCUUCGCAGUGGGAACGCAACCAGUUGCUAGACGAGAGCAAGUUCUUCUGGGAGUGGCUGAUUCCAAGGGUGACGGCCAUGCGAUGGCCGGUUUGCAAAGAUCUGGGCAUGCAUGGGCGGGUCAACUGGAACUUCAAGACGCGCUUGGAAAAAAAGGCCCAAGAGCAGCUGCGUGCGUUCUAUCGCAAGUUCAAACGGGUUCAGAUGCUGGAGAAUCGCCUAUACUGGUCCACCAUGGAUCCUUAUCGGACCAAUGUGGACCGCUUCCGGCAGGUGUUCUUCGAUUACCUGCCGAACUGUGAGCCACUGAUUGGACCGAUGGUGAGACCGUGGCAGAAGCACGAAUACCGACCGAUGGAGUCGCUCAAUCGAGCACUGAAGGCAUGUGAUAGCAAAUCAAAGUGUGUGUAACGCUUUUUAAAUU